AUGACAAAUUGUUGUAUUUUAGGUGUAUUAUUUACUGCAGUGUGUUUAAUAACUGAAAUGUGUGAGAAAAGUCCAGAUACUUUACAUCAUUUCCGAAAGUUGGUACCACAGUUAGUACGUAUAUUAAAGAAUUUGAUUAUGGCUGGUUAUUCACCAGAACAUGAUGUUAGUGGUGUUAGUGAUCCCUUUUUACAGGUUAAAAUAUUGCGGUUGUUAAGGAGACUAGGUAAAACUGAUUUAGAAGCUAGUGAAACAAUGAAUGAUAUCCUUGCUCAAGUGGCUACCAAUACAGAUACUAGUAAAAAUGUAGGACAUGCUAUUUUAUAUGAGAUUGUUUUAACUAUAAUGGGUAUACAAUCUGAAGCUGGCUUACGUGUUUUAGCUGUAAAUAUAUUAGGUAGAUUCCUGUUAAAUAAUGAUAAGAAUAUCCGCUAUAUUGCUUUAAAUACUUUACUACGAGUUGUACAAGCUGAUUAUAAUGCUGUACAGAGACAUAGAACAACUAUAGUAGACUGUUUGAAAGAUCCUGAUAUAUCUAUUAGAAAACGUGCUAUGGAACUAUCAUUUGCCUUGAUAAAUGCUAAUAAUAUUCGUGGUAUGAUGAAAGAAUUACUACAUUUCUUAGAAAAUUGUGAUCAAGAAUUUAAAGCAGAUUGUUGUUCUAAUAUUGUGCUAAGUGCUGCAAAAUAUUCACCAAAUAAAAGAUGGCAUAUAGAUACAGUUCUCAAAGUUUUAGUCAUGGCUGGUAAUUUUGUACGAGGUGAUGUUGUAUCAUUAUUAAUUCAAUUAAUAUCAGAAACUAAACAACUACAUGGUUAUAUAGCUCUACAGAUGUUUAAAGCUUUGAAUGAUGAUUUUAGUCAACAACCUAUGGCUCAAGUUGCUAUGUGGUGUAUAGGUGAAUAUGGUGAACACAUGUUUUCAAAUACUGUAGAAGAUGAAGAACCUAUUACAGUAUCGGAAGAAGAUGUUGUAAGAAUAGUUGAAAGAGUAUUACAAAAUAAUAAUUCUACUGAAAUCACUAAAGAAUAUGCUAUUACAGCUCUAAUGAAACUUAGUUCUAGAUUUACUUCUACAGUACCGCGAAUACGGCAGAUAAUAGAAGUAUAUGGUAGUAGUACUAAUGUAGAAUUACAACAAAGAUCUGUAGAAUAUACCAAUUUAUUUUCGAAAUUUGACCAUUUACGGUAA